AUGAAUCCGUAUUAUCCUCCUCCUUCAGCAAAACCACCACAGUGUGCAUUCAAAACAAAUGCAAACAAUAAUAGUAGCACCAUAGGAAAUUUCCCACCUAUUAUUUCCUAUGAUGCAUCUCAUAUUUAUAAAAAACGAGUAUCAAGCGUCCCAAACUUAAACAUUAUAGGAAAUACAAAUAAUGAAAAAUUUAAUAAAAAUAAAAGAAAAAUAGAUAUACGUAAUAAUAAUAUAAAUCUAGCUAAUAACUUAAUAAAUAAAUAUAACACAACAGGACAAAAUAAUAUGAACAAACUUAAUUAUAUUAAAUCAUUACCAAGAGAAAAAAACAUAUCAAUAAUAAAAAAUAUUAGAGAAAAUUGUCAAACAACUAAAAAUAUAAACUAUCAUAAAUUUGUUUCAAAAAUUCCAAAUAAAAGACCUAUCUAUUCAUUUAAUAAAAACUCAAGUGAUUACAAAUUAAAUAAUGCAAAAUUUGAAAAUAUUACUAAUGAUAAAUCUUAUAAAAAAAUGGAUGGCAGUGGACGGGUUGAUUUAAAAAGUGUGUAUAAACACCCUAAAAGGGAAAAAAGAAUAAUAAAAUUAAAAAAUAUUAAUUGUAAUAUUACAAAUGCAAUGAAAACAGAAUAUAAAGCUGCUGGAAUAUUUGUUGUUAAAAAAAAUGUAGAUGAUUCUAUAAAUAAUGUAAAUAAAAAAAUAAAUAAAAAUAAUAUAAAUAUAGAAAUAUUAUUAGGAUUUGAUCCUUUAAAAAAAAAAAAUAUAAAUAAAGAAAUUGAAAAUACACCAUCAAUGAAAAAAGGAUUACUAAAUAUUUUAGGAGGUAAAAGAGAUGGUGAUGAACAAAAUCCAUUACUAACAUCUUUUCGAGAAUUUAGUGAAGAAAAUCUGUAUAUUUAUAAUAUGCUUUUAUCUUAUUUUAGCUAUUAUUACUAUACUAUGAAAAAUAUAGCUAACCCUGACCAAUUAGACACUAAUGAAAAACAAGAAAAAAUAAAAUUAGAUCAAACUGACCAAGACAAACAACUAACUAAAAACCCUCACGAACAUGACAAUCUUUAUUCAUCCUUUUUAGAAACGAACUUUUUAAAGGAUAUAAGUAAUUUACCUGAACAAGAAAAAGAACGUAUUGUCAAUUUACACAUAAAUAAUUUUUUAAUAUAUUUUAAAGAACAUUGUUUAAAUAUAAAAGAAAAUCAUAGUUACAUAUACAAUUGUUCAUACCCACCAAGCUAUAAAAUGAUGGAGGAAAAAAAAGAAGUCGAUAUAAAGGAGACGGAAAAAGUAGAAAAACCCAAAAUAAAAAAAAAAUAUAAAAUAUUAGAAAAAAUACAUAAAGAAAUAAAUAUAUUAAAUAAAAUAAAAAUAGAUAAUAAAAGUAAUUUUAAAUUAUAUUAUGCAAAAGGAAAAUAUAAUGUAUUUUUUUAUGAUUGCACAUUCUAUGAAUGUAAAAAUAUUUUACAAUAUAUUAAUAAUUUCUUUUGGAAAAAUUAUAUUUCUUUAUUUAAUAUAAUUAUAAAAGAAAAUCUCGACUUUUUAACUAAAAAAAAAAUAGAAAAUAACAAGGAACAUAUACCAUAUACAAUGCAUCAAGUACAAUUUAGUCAUCAAAUUGAUGAACAAUUAUAUAAAGAUAUAACUACCAUUAUAAAAGAAAAUAAUGAUCAUGUACUUCUUAACGAUCUUGAAAAACGAAGCAAUAUAUAUGACUAUUCACCAAAUACUGAACAUAAUGAAAUGAAUACUGACUUCAUGAAUGACGUUACAUGGGUAAGUCUUUCUUCUUUAUUAUUAUUUUUAAUAAAUACUGAUCGGUUUGAAGAAAUUGUGAGUGAAAUAUGGAAAGUAUAUAUUACAUUAUUUGAAAGUGGAACUGUUGGAAAUAUAAAUAAAGUUCUUAUGAUUGAUGAAGAAAAAGAAUGUUCUAUCUCAAAAGAUGUUGUUUUAAAAGUUCAAAAUUUAUAUAAAAAUAUACAUAAUACUUUAAAAAAAUUAAAAACUACUAAUAAAUAUAAAGAAUUAUUAAUUCUUUUAUUUUCACCUUUUAAUACAAAACUAAAUUUAGAAAAUAUGACUACCCUAACUAAUGAUAUAUCUAAAGAAUCCUUCCGAAGUUUUUUUGAAUAUUUAAUUACUUCACCGGAAAUUUGGACUUUUCUUUUUCUCAAUUUAGUUAGUACUACUCCAAUGUGA